CACUAGAUCCUGCUUGAGUUUCGUUGCAACAAGCAGUGUGGUUCAUACUACAGACGGUCUGUAGAGAGAGCAAAACCACGCAACAGUCUACCCCUAACCCACAGGAAGGAGCAGCUACCCGCGCAGUGUCAGAGCGUUCUGGUUUAUUUUACCGAUGUGACAACAGGAGCUGAGCUGCAGGUUUGAACACUUGGCUGUUCGUUUGGAGGAUCUAUACAGCUGGACAUGGAUUAUUGGUGCCCGUCUUCACCGCUUUGGAUUUAGUUAAGACACCUCACACUCCUGCGUCUCCUCCCCGGUGAAGUGUGUGCGCCAAGAACAGGUGGAUCCUGUUUAUGUGCUCAGCUUUAUCCGACCCAGUUCAUCCACCUUUCACCUUUAUGGGGAACCAGGUGGAGAAACUAACGCAUUUAAAUUACGCAGAGGUGCCAACGUCGGAUCCAAAUGGGUUCGACCCGGAUGACGACGGACCGCGGAUAGGGGUCUCUUAUAUUUUCUCCAACGACGACGGAGACGACGAUCAGGAUGAAAAUUUUGACCACUUUGCGUCGGUCAACCACGCAGCGAACCACGAAGAGAAGCCCUUCGACCCUCAGGAUGAGCUAGAGUGCGCGAUUUAUUACCGAGAGGAGUGCGUAUACGAGAGAGACAUCGGAGCCGCCACGCUCUCACCGGAAAGUCUCCUGAACAAGUGCCGACCCGGAGACCUGCUGGAGUUUGUUGCCACUGGACAGUAUCCACACUGGGCUGUUUACGUCGGGGACUUCCAGGUGGUUCACCUGCACAGAGCUGAAAUAAAGAACAACUUUCUCACAGACGUGAGCCAGGGCAAAAAAGGCAGGAUAGUGAACAGCCUCUACAGGUACCGUGCGCUCCCGCCGGAGUCAAUCGUGCGCAACGCCCUGGAUCAUGUUGGGUCGAGAGACAGAGAGCUGUACUGGAGGAACUCUGAGUGUUUUGCCGCCUGGUGCCGUUUUGGCAAACGGGAGUUCAAAAUCGGUGGGGAGAUAAGGAUAGGAAAGCAGCCGUACAGGUUAAAAUUACUCUUUUCAGAGAAGAAGAGUCACGUCCUGGAGUUUCAGAGCCUGGAGGACGUGAUCAUGGAAAAGAGGAGGAACGAUCAGAUUGGCAAAGAUGCUGUGACGCAAGAGCUGUCCAACCACCUGAACACAACAAAUGAAAUCAAAGAGGAGCGUUUUGUUGACUGAUGGUUGAAUCUCUGGUCGUCCGAGGCGGAUUUGUGCUGAAGGAGAUGAUCAGUUCUCAGUUUUGAUCCUUUAAAACAACAUGUGUCUUGUUGAGGAAGCUUUUUUUUUCCAAGUGUCAACCUUUGUCUGUGGACUUGGGUACAUGUGCAAACAAAAGUGAAUCUUUAGAGAGAGUUAAAAUUCAGAUUUUUUUGUUCUCCAAAAUGAGUGGAAAGCCCUGACAUCUGUGGUGACACUUAAAGGUUCUUUUUCGAGUGCAUGAGAGCAGAUCGCAAGGGCCAAAACAAAAUUCCCACUAGUUGAUUUGCAUCGGAAAUGAGUAGAAAAUUGCACACUGGAAAAUGUCCUCCCUCCUUUUAAAGAAAAAUGAGAUUUUUGCACACCCCAACCCAAAAAAUGAAGUCACUUGUAACAUUUGCAAUCGGAGCUGCACCUGCAGUCUAAGCAUUUGGGGAUGAAGUCAGAAUUUAAUUGCCCAUAAUUAUCUUUCUAACCCAAUGAAUCUUUGCACAGAGGAGCAAAACAUCUCCAAUGUACUUGUACCUGACGAGAGUGCUGAAAGUGCUCGCUCCUGUACAACUCAGGUGUUGGAGAUCAAUACAGAGUGGAAGAGAGAGUACUUGCUUUUAUUAUAAUGUGUGUGUCCAGCUUGAGGAGCCUGUUCUGUUACUUUAUAUCCAAACAUCACACAGCUUUGCCCACUCUUUGCCUACCACAUGGACACUGUUCACAGCUAUGGACAGUGCACUUGUAUUGAUCCAUCAACAGUUUAUUUUUUUGGAAAAAAAGAUGUUUGUAUGAAGGAAUAUGGAAAUAAAUAUAUAUUUGAACAGUAAA